CACGCGUCGCGCCCGCCCACCGGCGAGGCUGGCGCCUGGCCUGGGCCCCCGCUCCUCCGCCGGCGAGCUCAGCCGCCUGGGGCAAGUGCUUCCCUGCCCUGGCCUCGUCCGCGCCCCUCUGCGCGCCCCCAGCGGGGCACCUCAAGUCUCCUCCAGCUGUGGCCUUCUGGGGUCAGACGUGUCCCCUGAUAGGGCCCCCCUGUGCUGAGAGACCCCGAGGGCACGUCGACCCCCGAGAGGGCGGGAGGCGGAUCCUGCUUCUGGUUCCGUCAUCGCGCCCUGGCCCAGGCGUUAGGAGCUCCUUGAGCCACCCCGGCUCUGCUCUCUGGGCCUCAGUUUCCUCAUCUUUAAAAUGAAGACGCUGAGUAGAUGUGGGGCAGGGUGCUUGAAAAAAGAGGGGCGGAGGGUCGAGGGUCCCGUCGGAAACCCUCAGCCCAGCUUGCACCUUCUGAGCCCCCGAGACCCCGCCACUUGCUCCCGGGGCGGGGCGGGGCUGCCCCGUGACCCGAUUGCUAUGGCACCGGCGGUAACAAUCAGGCCCGCGGCCCCGCCCCUUCUCACCUCAGAUCUCCCCACCCCACCCACCCCGUCUCCCAAGCCCUGGGAAGGGCCUCCCCGCCCCUCCGGAGCCCCAGACACCCACGGAGACGCUCCAGCUUCAGGGCACUCUGUGAGUGAAGGCCGCUCUAGGACAAGCAAGAUCAAGAAGUGCCUGCACCCUGCGCCUUUCAUCCAGACUAAUCUGGCUGCAGUGACUCUUGUUCAAGGGACGAUCACUUUGGAUAGCUUAUUACAGCUCCUCUCACGGUACUCCUGGUGUGCAUGUCACAAGUCGAUAGGAUCAAGAACCAAGUCGGUUUUGCUCUCAGGGGCUCUUGGGGCCACCAGUCAAGACUCCUUCUCGCCUGUGAAUGAGCAGACAGGAUGAUGAAUGAGGUGAAAGAAUCCCUUCGAAGUGUGGAGCAGAAGUACCGGCUCUUCCAGCAGCAGCAGUUCACCUUCAUCGCUGCCCUGGAGCACUGCAGGGAGAAUGCCCACGACAAGAUCCGGCCCGUCUCCAGCAUCGGGCAGGUGCAGAGCUACACGGAGCACCACUGCGGCAACUCCACAGACCGGCGUGUCCUGCUCAUGUUCCUGGACAUCUGCACAGAGCUCGGCAAGCUGUGCCAGCACUUCGAGGCCCUGCACUCGGGCACCCCUGUCACCAACGACCUCCUCGAGAAAUGCAAGACCCUCGUUAGCCAAAGCAACGACUUAAGCAGCCUGCGAGCAAAGUACCCUCACGACAUGGUGAACCACCUCAGCUGCCACGAGGCCAGGAACCACUAUGGAGGCGUGGUGAGCCUCAUCCCCAUUGUCCUAGACUUGAUGAAAGAAUGGGUCGCCCACUCGGAGAAGCUGCCCCGCAAAGCGCUGCAGCACGUGAGUGAGCCCCAGGCAGCCACCAGGGCAGCCGCUCGUGCUCCCCAGGCCACAGGCACCCAGCCUCGGUUAAGAAAAGACAAGUGUGGGCAACCGACACAAGACAGCCUCAAACCUAGGGGGAAAAACAAAGAAUGUUCAAAACCACCCUGGAGACCACCUGGUGGGAAACUAACUCAGCCGGUGACCUGCUUGAUCCCAAUCCCAUCCUGUCCCAUCCCGUCCCGUGGGGCACUUUGCUACUAAGCUUAGUUUCCACUAGUUGAUCCAUUUUCACUGGUGCCCACAGUCUUUGCCCCUUAUUAACCCCCAAGGGGACCACCCCAUGUAUGUCUGAGAACCUCUCUCCCUCUCGUGCUUUAACUUCUAACUUUUCCUCGCCUCCGAGCGUCAGGCUCCGUGCUGAUGAAGAGGACCGUCACUUAGUGUUGCUGGUAGAGGGUGUCCCGGGGAGGCUGGGAAAGGGCUAGGGCACCGACUGUGCCGCCCAGGCCCAGCUUUCCCAGCUGAGCCACUCAGCUCCCUUCCCGCCGCGGCGGCAGCCAUAGGCGAGACGCCACUCUCCGCAAGACAGAGCUGCUCCCGCCUCCCGGGGUGCUGAGGGCAGCUUGCUGCACUGCUCAGUGUGAUCAGGUCUCUGCACCAAAGCCCAAGGGGGAACGAGCCCGCCUUGCCUCUCCUUUACUUGGAAGGGAGACUGAGAGAAGCCGGAAGAAUUGACUUUGUGGCUCCCAUCCGAGGACAGUUACCUGGUUUCCACAACAUAAUUGAGGCCCAGACGUUGUAAAAUGCGUCACUGGCUUCCGGGCUUGCCAGAAGUACUGUCUGACUGUUGGUUUUUGCCUUCACAGGGGGCGACUUAGCUUCUGUAUUCUUGCUUCCUCGGGGGCGACGGUCAAGAAUAAAAAGUGUUCUGCCA